AUGACGACAACAGCAGUUUCCCCCACAACUCUUGACCUUAAUGCAACGGCAACAGGAGUGAAUAUAGGAGCCAAAUUGUGUCCAGUCCUUGACGCCGGAAUCAACAUCACGUGUCUGAUGGACCACGGUGACGAAACCGGAAGGUCGUAUUGUGAAAUGGACUCAAGUAGCCUCAAUUGCACAUCCCACACAUACAGUACUGCGGGUUAUUAUACCAUGUGGUCCCACUGUCUGUCGGAGGAUAUCCACUUAAAUGAUUCGGCAACCAUAUAUGUCGGCAACAAGAUUGUCAACAUGGUUGCCAUGGCCGAUGGCCAGAUGUUCAAACCAAUGCCUACGACGGGUUCGGCGACUGUGACUGUCACUUACGAAGAAGGCACACAUGUGUUUCUCAACAUCACCAACGCCAUUACGGGUGAUCCAAUUUACUCGGGGAAUUCCACGGGAUUUAGCGAGUCCAGGGUGUUUUCUCCGGCCGACUUUGGAGGUGUUCUCGGACAGCACGCCGUUGAGAUUGCGCUGUCGAACCCUUUAGGUAAAGAAACGCGUUUCGUUGUUUUCGACAUUGAAGAGGAGAUUCUAACACCGGUCAUGACAACCAAUGUCCUACCUUACAUGCAUGUGUAUGAUGUGGCCACAUUCAAGGAGACAAUGACUUUCGGAUCAAAUAUAAUAGGGGCUAUUGAAUUCCCAGACAUUGCUUACGUUGAUAGAAAAUUCGGACAGGUCCGGGAAAUGUGUCUGAACUACACUUGGACCACGACGGGAACUUUUACCUUUGACGUAUUAUUCUCUAACAUGGUGGACAGCGAAACGUAUCCAUACGUAGUGGUUGUUCAGUAUCCUGUCAAUAAUAUCACGGCUAACGGCACCAACCUUAUCUACGUUAGCCAAACUCUGGAUGUAAAAUUCGAAAUGGCUGCUGAUGCUCUGUUUCCUAUGGGAAACCUAAAUGCAACAAUUGUCUACGGUGAUGGUACUUCGAAAGUACUAGACAUAAGCUCACUCACACAGGGAGCAUCAAUUACCGACAGCCCAAAAUCGUACGCACCUGGCACAUACUCUGUAGAACUAUCCGUCUUCUCAGAAUCUUCUCACAUGAAUUUCUCCUGGACACAGUAUGUGGAAUAUCCUAUUCAAGGUCUUGAGUUGGUUCACGUGUCAGAAGCGCCAAUGUCUGAAUCUGUCCAGAACGUGAGCCUCCGAAUGACUGACCCUUUGGUAUCCCCUCUCCUCAACAUCACGUGUGUUUUCGACAUCGACGGCACGGAGUAUAUAAAAACAACUGACUUGGUUUACGGCGUCAACUUUACCAUAAUACACCCUUUCGUCGGUGAUGGCAACAAAACAAUCACCUUCAACUGCUCCAACAAACUAUCCAGUCAGGAUGGAGUGAGUUACAUGGACCUGUACACCGACUGUUUCUUGGACGGGCAGCUCUUCAGUCCCCUUUACAAGAACAAGGACACACCCGUGCAGAUGUAUGUGAACGAUUUAAACAUGCUGACAGCUAAGGCGUAUGUGGCAGAGAUGUGCCGGAACAGCUCGCGCUUUUACUGGUGGACGCUCUGGAAGGUACAAAAUAAUGACGUCAAUGACCUCCAUCUUCAGACCUAUUAUGAGAAAGCUUAUAAUCAGCCAAACUCUGUUACAAUCACCUUUGGCAAGAUGAGCAUGGCCCCUGAACUCUACAAAGUGCAGUUCCUGUACAACCUGACUGAUAUUGAGGGUGGCUACAUAAUAGACUAUGUCUAUGCUAAUUUCAUGUUGCCUCCAUUCAUUGCUGGUAUAGCAGGAGGCUCUACAAGAAACAUUGGCAGCGACGCCGUCAUACAGAUCAAUUCUAAAGACGCAUCUUACGAUCCUUUAACGUUCAUGCAGUGGCUACCAUUUACGUACACCUGGGGUUGCCGCAAAACGACCUCAACAGACACGCAAGUGUCUGAACUUAUUGCGGAGUUCCAGUCACAGAAUAUAAGCAUAGACUUGAAUUCAAUUGGCACUGAUUGUUCCGACCCAAGCUGGCCAACAAAAGGUGUUUUACCGUUCGACGCGGCAGCAUUGGCAGAUUCUUCCUGGUACCUGUUUUCGGUAGAAUUAACAAAGAGUGGAGACUCUAGGAGAGCAGAGGCAAUCCAGGGAAUUUAUAUAAUGCCAUCUACUCCACCAACCAUAUCAAUCAAUUGCCUCCGAAACUGCUUGCCAAAGAUCGCCCAAGACACCAAGCUGAUCUUGGAGAGUUUGUGUCCCGAGUGUGCGGUGGACGCGACUACAUACCUUUGGGAGGUCGAGAUAUUCAAUGAAGUCACAGGCCUGUACGAAGCCUAUUCGAACGUGACCGCAAUACUGGACACAGGUCUUGACGCGGACACGCUUGCUAUUAAACCAGACACAUUGGUAUUUGGUGACAUAUUGCGGUUUACGAACACAGUUACAAAGAGUGAUAACCCUUAUUCUGCAACAGCUUCAUAUGUUGCUUCUGUCAACCCCCCGCCCUACGGCGGUACGUGUGAAAUCGACCCGCUUGAAGGAGAAGCAGCGGUCACUCUGUUUACCAUUGAGUGUACCAACAUGCUUGAUGAAGGAAUUAGGCACCAGAGGGGCACUCCAGAAUCCGACAGGAACGAACCUCUAAAGUACAACGUCUACCAGAAACGGCUGACGCCAUCUUCGACCCAGCCAACCUUCUCCGUCAUCGGCAUGACAUCGGAGUCUAUCGUAAAAGCAGUGCUAAAUGUAGGGGAUCCUGCCAAUAAUUUUACGACUGACGUCAUUGUACGCAUCACUGAUGUGUUCCACGGAUACACAGAGGUCGUGCUGCCAGUCACGGUGGUUCAGCCGCUCGUCAUUAACGACACGUGGUCUACAGAAGAUAUCCAAGAGGCCACGCAAAGCUUUGUCCUCGACAAUUUGGUUGAAGCGCGCCUGUCCAACGAUCCAAAUAUUAUCCUGCAAUACGCCGAGUCCAUUGCAUCCGUCCUCAAUCAGAUGGUGUUCGACCAUCAGUUCGAGAAUGACACUACCCUGUCCAACUUUGAACUUGGGGAACAGCCACUGCAAUGGAGCGUGGGGAUGAUUGACGUGAAUGACUUCGGUAACGACACCAUUCCAUAUCAGGAACUGCUUGACAACUUGCUGGAGAUACCAGUCGACAAAGUACAAAACGCCGUCGUCGCUGCCUUGGACAACCUGACCAAUGAGAUGACAGCAGCCCUAAGCCAGGCUAACGUGACCACAUACUUCACAAUCAUGACUGCAGCUACCGCUUUCUCCAACGCCAUCGGUGAUCCACUGAUAACGUCCAGCGCGUCUGCAAUAAAUGCCGCCGAGGCCCUAGCGACACUCACACAUGGCUACACAAACCUCACGGAAAACAAGCUUAAUGAUUUCUUCGGGAAGUCUGACCCCAACAUAGAAACAGCUGCUAACACCCUGUUUGAACUAGUUGACAGUCUUAUCCACGUGACGGUCCCACCAGAACUACCAGACACUUACGAGGCCCUGUCGAUCCAGUCGACAGCAGACGCACGAUUGUACGUAGACUUCAUGGCACGUGUAAAUAGAGACGAAGCCUACCUCCUGACGGAAGACUCUGAUAUCACUCCAGAGGAGAGAGUUGGCUUGUUCAAAAUGAGGGCUAGGAUUCAGCAGAUGAAAUUCAAACAGAAGCAGGAAUUGGCUGAGGUAACAAUGAGACAGGCUAUCACUACUGCGGACGCCAUUUCGGCCAUGCUACAGAAUUCAGUGUGCAAAGGUUGUCGGGACGACUAUAGUUACGACAGCUUUCACGUGACUCUGAUCAAUGACUACCUAAUGAACGUUGACCUCAAGAUCGGUGACGUGGAGGACUCAAAUGUCACGCUGGAUGGCGUUGGGGAUCCAUACCUAGUCAUCAAGUUUACGACGACAAAGUUUAAAGAGAAUCCCUUUAUUUUCGGAGACACGGUUUCUGCAGCGGCCAUCACAUCCGACUACCCAUUGUCUUAG